AUGACUUCAACUACAGCAUCUAUCACGUGGCAGCUGCAGCAAGACCACAACCACAAUCACAACCACCACCAUAACAACAACAAUAACAACCACUCUAACCACCCUAACCCCCGUGUUUCUAUAAAUAGCAUUCAACCCUUACCCAAACCCCUACCCUCUCCAACUGCCACGCCAAAUUCCUCACUGGCUGCCGCCUCCUCUGCUUUUUCUUCUUCUACUUCCUCCUUUUCUUCGUCUUCCCGCAGCUCCGCCAGCAGCUUUUCUUCAGCAGGAACAACAACUUCUUCAUCUUCAUCUUUAACAAAUAAUAAUAAUAAUAAUAAUAAUAAUAACAAUAACAAUUAUUCUUCAACUUCAUCUCAAAGUGGAACUAAAAAAUUAGCCGCCUUUCUUUUAAAACGUCCAAGGUCUUCUGAAAACCGUCCAGUAGCUCAGUCUUCUACUUUUCCUACUUCUAAUCUUGGCUCAAAGAGAAGCUCUCUCUCUUUUACAUCUCGUUCAAGACCUUCUUCCUCUAUAGUUGUGGACAAAACCCCUGUGCUUUCACAACAACAACAACAACAACAACAACAUAGAACUUCUAUCCAGCUUCCUCCGGUAGCUGUAAACGAAUCUUAUACAGAUCUUACAGGUCUUUUUGAUAAAGACCCUUUUCAAAAAAAGAAAAGUCGCCGGCCUCGUUCCAUUAUGAAUUUCGAUUACUCGGCCCAUUCUGGCAACAACAGCAACAAUAAUCACAACAAUAAUCAUGGUCUUGUAGUCUCAACUGAUUUGGACCGUCUUCCAGCAGUUCAGACUUUACCAAUCGUUACCCACCAAAGUUCUUUCUCCUCUGGCCUUGAGAUUCCAGACUAUUCAUACUAUGCCGAUGGAGGAUCUUUCCGAAACACUGACACAGAAGGAAGUGACAUUGAUGACGAUGACAAUAAUAGUAUCCAACCUAGCCCUGUCAAUGGCACUCGUCCAGAUUUCCCAUUUUCAGACUACAAGUCAAAUGGCUCUAACUCCUUGGAUCCUAAUCGCCUAGCUCCUCACCAUCACCAUGGUGUUACUUAUUACAAUAAUGAAUCUUCUCGACCAGAUUCAUCAUCAUCCUCAUCUCAAGGAGGUGGCCUCAAACAAUCUAGCUCAAACUUUCAAGGAUCCGGAUCUUCUUAUGAACCAGUCAGAGUUGUAUCUUCAAAUACUCCUUCAACAGUUCAAAAUGCAAACCCUCGUGGAUCUAGUUCUACUAGUUCUACCGUGGCUAAAGUUAAGUCCAUGUUUCCAGGAUUUGGUUCUUAUAAGGCCCUCAACAAAGCAUCUACAAGAAGCUCAGAAGAUACAAAUGGCCCCUAUACUUUUUCACAACAAAAUCCUCCAACUAACCCUGAAGAAGACGCUCCAUUGGUCUUUUCAAGUCCACAGCCCAAGCAGCAUUUCCAUGAAAUUGAAUUGGGCCCUACAUACAAGGCUAAAGUCACUCCGUUUGAACAACACCAGCGUCGUCAAUCAUUGCGAAACGUUAAUGACUUAAAUUCUAACGCCUUAUCCCCCAGCAUGAAUCGCUCUUCUAGUUUUGGAAACAAUAGUGUUAAUUACAAUAAUAACAAUAACAAUAACAAUAAUAUCCGCUCUACAAAUAGAUUAUCUUCAGAACGCGACCAACUUUUGCUUCAACAACAACGACCUUUUGAAGAUUCAACAAAUACUUAUGCAAAUAAGCGCAACUCUAUUGCUUCUUCUGUUGCUGACAAUGAGGCCCUCGACUUUGUUCCCAACCUUAGACCUUCAAUCGACCCCACAGGUUCUCGCAUGCGUGUUGUUGGCACCUCGUCUUCCAACAGUUUAGUUAUGACAAAGAGCCAGUAUGACAAGUACAAACAAGAACUUGACACUAAAAAGGAGCGCCGUAAAAAGAAGCGCAAUAGUUCCAUUAGUACUGAUGAAAACACUAGUGACAAGGAAAACGCCAAGAAGCUUAAAGAAGGUGGGGAAACUAGACAAGUUGAAAAAAACAAUGAUGGCGAUUAUGAUAAUGAUGAUGACGAUGAUGACGACGAUCUGAAGGCUUCUGACACUUCUGAUGAUGAUGAUGAUAGUGAAACUAAUGAUGCAGAUGAUGAAGAUCGUCGCAUUAAACGUCUGGAGGAGGACGAGGAGAGAAAAAAACAAACCAUUCGAAUGCGUUUGAGACAAGACGCCCAUUUGGCUGUGUACCGUCAAAAAAUGACUAAACUUACUGGCUCCCAGAUUGGGCUCGGCAAUUAUCCUGUUCUUAACAGUGCAGCCUUUUCUGGUGACUUUGACAGUGAGAAUUCGGAUGAAGAUGAGUAUGAUGAUGUUCCUCUUGGUAUUUUACAAGCACAUGGUUUCCCUACAUCUUCACGUCUUAAAACUGCACGCUCUCAGCCCAACCUUAUGGCUCAAGGCAUUUCAAACACUUCGGCAACUUCCCAAGGUGAUGUACUUGGAUCAGGUGCCUCAUCUGCAUAUCUUUUGGGCACUACAACUCCUCGACCACUUGGUGGAGACGCUGUUUCUGUUCGGUCAUUUGGGUCCCCUAUUCGUUCAACUACUCCGGCACCCGACGAUGGUUACCUGGCUAUGCGUAACCCUUCGGUUGGUCUUCCUGCCGUUUUUGGACAAUCUGGUAUGACGAUGAACCGUGGUCUUAUUGGCGAGAUUGCCAAGGAAGAAGAAGCCAAGUUACGUCGCAAGUCGAUGAUGAACAAUUUGGCCAAGGAGCGUACAAACACACUUAUUGAUCAAAUUGAGCGAUCAUCUGUUUACCAACAACAAAUGCUUGAUGAUCAUCAACAACAACAACAACAACAACAACAGCAGCAACAACCUCAGGGCCAGCAAUCUGAGAUUCAAGCACAGUUGUCUCAGAUGAUGGCUCUUCAAACCCAGAUUCUUCAACAAAUGCAAAUUCAACAGCAAGGUUCUGCUGCCCAACCAGCACCCUCUGUUAUGGGUGUGGGUGCUCCUGGAGCUGGAUACAUGACUCCAAUGCAACAGUUUGCACCGACCAAGAAUUGGAGCUCUUUUGAUAUGAUUAACAAUCCUAGCUCGCAAAGCAUGAUGACACCCAUGAUGCGGGGGGCUGGUGGUGCACCAUCUAUUAGGUCAUACUCGCCUUCUAUUCAUGGUAGUGUUCAUUCUAAUGAACUUAUGAUUUCUGCACAGCCUAUUCAACAACAACAGCAGCAGCCACAACAACAACAGCAACCACAGAUUAUGCAUCCGGUACCUCAACAGGCUACCAAGUCUGUGGCUGUGGCAGCUGCGACUGUUGCUUUGGCAAAUGCAAAUAACCGUCAACACAAGCAUACCAAUAGCACACCUUCUUUUAAGUUUCCUAAACAAGCAGGCCAAGCUCAAGCUCAAGCUCAACCACCACAACAACAACAACAACAACAAAUUACACUUGUUUCUGAUGGCACUGUACCUGCAAUUGCCGGAUCAGAUUUGCAACCACCUUCAUCUCCAUCAUCUGCUGUUGCACGAAACCCUAGUCCGCUUGGUGGUAAUGUACAGACUCGACCUGAGAGCGAGUAUGUUAGUGACAAUGGAGACGAUGAUGAUGAUGAUGACGAUGAGGCAGGAUGGAAGGAAAUGAUGGAGCGUCGCAAGCAGUUUAGACGGAGCUUGUGGAAUACAACUGCUCCAAGCAAUGCUCCUUCUGCAGCUCUUGUGUUGUAA